CUUUCGUCAGUCAUCAUUGUCAGAAUUACCGAAGCUGCUGCAGCUCUCCCCGCUUCAAACGCCAGCCGACACGGACGCUGCAGGACGGCUCGUUCCUCUUAGCUCGAGAUUGCACAGCUCGAAGCACCACUCACGAUGCCCGUCGAUUACAGCAAAUGGGACGCGCUGGAGGUCAGCGAUGACUCCGACAUCGAGGUUCACCCAAAUGUCGAUAAGCGGUCGUUCAUCCGGGCGAAGCAGAGCCAGAUCCAUCAGGAGCGACAGCACCGAAAGCUGCAGAUCGAGACAUACAAGUAUGAGCGCGUCAUCAAUGACGGGUUGCUGUCCCGCAUCUCGGCGCUGCUCGCGUCACUCAAGGCUCACGCGUCCGAGGCGGCAACCCGGAACCCCGGCGAGAUUGCUUUCCAGGCAGUCAUGGAGACUGCGGGAAAUGCCAAGGACGACCGCCCGCCGCCCCCGCCUGAGGGCGUGCACAGUGGCGAACAGGAGCAGCCGACGUACUCCAAGAUGAUGGCGGCCCUGCUGGACCAGGUGAACAAGGCUCUCGACGAGAAGAAGCCCGACGACCGGUACAGUGGCAUGAUUGAGGAGAUCCAGGGUCACCAUGACAAGGUGCAGAACUUGCAAAAGGAGCUGCUGCAGAAGCUUGAGGAGCUAGAGAAAGAGGACAAGAAGAAGAUUACCAGCGCUGACAUUCACACGGGCUUCGACAGCUCACACGUGGCCAAGGCGACGGCGGCGGACAAGAAAGACUCUACGCAGGUGGAGCUCCUGAAUCCCAACUUUUCGGCGACGACAGGCCCCGGCGCGUCGGAAAAGAGCGCCGCGGCCGGCGACGAUGACGAAGAGAUUGAAGCGUCGCCCGAUGCCAAAACAUUCGCCCAGAUCCCGGCCAACGACUAUCCGCGCAGCCUGCAGUUCCUGCUCCAGCACCCACAUAUCCUGACAGAGCGCGAGACGGACGGGCUUCUGGUGCUGGCGUUUGACGCUGCGCUGGAGCGUAAGGAUGACCACUCGCGGCAGUGCGUCCACCAAGCGCUGCUGCUCCAGUACUGCCGGGCCCUGGGCAAGGACGGCGUGCAGCUCUUCUUCAAGCGCAUCAUGACCAAGGGGCACCAGGCGCAGGAGGUCUUCUACAAGGACGUUCAGGAGACGUACAUGCGCAUCAGGAACCGAUCGCGCGAGAUCCUGGCUGAGCGCGCCAAGGAGCCGGCCGAGGGCGUGGAGCAGAUCCAGCUGCACGCGGUGGAGCCGGGCACCGUUAUCAACGUGCGCGUGCCGCCGGCGGACAGCCAGGACCCUCAAGAACAGAAGGCGCGGGCUAUCUUUGACGGGUUCAAGCCCGAGAUGAAGAAGGCACUGGAGACGGGGGAGCUGGACGAGGUGAACAAGGUCCUCGGCCGGCUUGGGGUAGAGGAGGCGGAAGAGUUGGUUGAACGUUUCGGAGAGGCCAACAUCCUCAGUCUUGAGGAGCAAAUCAUUGACGCAACAACGGAGGAAGGGCAGAAACAGCUGAAAGAAAUGGAGGCUGCGGCGGCGGCAGAGAACAAAAAUGACCCUGCGGGGGACCCUGAGUAAACCAGAGGGGCAAUGGACAAAACCUUGGCGGCCGAGUACAUGCAUACAAAGGCCGCGAAGAGGAAUCAAUAUGGGGGGGGGGCGCGUAUCUGCAUGCAUGGAGAGGCGUGUCAUGAGGCUGAGGCAUGGUCCGGCGGAGUGUCGUACCGACUUGGGGGCAAAUCCAUAAACAAUAAUUGCAUGUUGGGAGCAGCUGAAUGUGCCCGACGGUGUACGAAGCAUAGAGUCAGGGGCGGUGCUUCAGCUUCGAGAGCAGUGGCGGCAGCCUCGAUGCACCGCCAAGUUGAAGCCAAGAGACGACGGAGACGACAGUUGAAGGUCUGGAUGUUGCAGAGUUGCUGCCGCAGAUCCAUGUAAACAGGCAUCCGGCCCCCGUAUAUACAGUGUACCUGUGGGCGGAGGGGUUGCAGAUUGACAGUCGGACGGCGGGAGAGUGAUGUCAGCGACGCGGAAUGCCUGGGCGACGCUCCGCCACGGGGCCAGGCUUGCGUGUCGAUUGAUUGGUACUGCGCGUAGCUGGACGGGCUGUUGUGCGAUGCAGCGCUCAUCAAGAUGCAUGCAUGCAUCCAUGUAUGUAUUGAUUGUCCGCAGAUAAGAUGUGGCAGGCGUUGCCGCAGAGUUUGUGUGAGGCGCACAUCACUCGAGGGAGGUCGCUUUGCGCUUGCACUGCCAUCCGAGGCACCCGCCACUCGAACGGGCGAGACGUGCUUAUGAGCGAGGCUCGCGGAGAAGACACAAAUACACAGAGAGAGAAAGAGAAACGCAUGGCAG